AUGUUUGGCAAUCCUCAAGAUAAGGCCAAAUCUGUGAGCAGCCACCAACAGCCACAACCACAACCACCGAAACGACCACAGCGACUCACCAUGGCGCCGUAUUUAACCCCGGAGCAACUAGAAACAUUUGACAGAGAAGGGAUGCUCUGCAUCCCUGACUUUUUAACUGCCGAACAAACGCAGCUGCUCCUUCAAAGGUCACGCGAUCUCCUCUCGCAAUGCGACUUGUCGACCCAUCCAAAGACAACCUUUAAAACAGCCGAUAAAGACCAUAUAGGAGACAAAUAUUUCUUUGAAAGUGCAGAUCGGGUCUCCUUCUUCUUUGACACCGAUGCAUUUGACGAAGCUGGAGAACUAGUUGUUCCAUUAGCGAGAGCAAUUAACAAGGUUGGCCACGGGUUGCACAUUCACGACGAGGCAUUUAAAGAAAUCACAUUCGACGCCAAAGUGCAGCAGAUUGCACGCGAUUUGAGCUACAUCGAGCCGAAAGUGCUACAGAGCAUGUGCAUCUUUAAACAACCUGUUGCUGGCCAAAAACUCACGAGGAAUAACGCAGUGCCCCCGCACACCGACGCCACGUUUCUAUUCACCAAGCCGCGCCAGACUGCGCUUGGGUUCUGGUUUGCUUUAGAGGAUUGCAGUGAGGAAAAUGGGUGCUUGAAGUACUUGCCCGGUACGCAUAAGAAAUACCCAGUGACGAAAAGAUUUGUUAGAAGUACAGCGAUGAAUGACGGUGGUGGAUGCGAGUUUGAAGAAGUGGCCCCCGAGCAACCAAUUGAGGAAACGGAGCAGGAUUAUGUUACCGUUCCCUGCAAAGCGGGCUCGUUGAUCUUGAUCAACAACUCCGUGUUGCACAAGAGUGAAAACAAUAAGCUGAAAAAAUCAAGGUUCGCCUAUGCUUUCCAUGCCAUCGAGGGCACUGCCGAGUAUGACGACCGAAAUUGGUUGCAGGUGCCAUACGAGGGCGGUUCCAAUUUUUCCGAAUUGUAUGUCUGA